AUGGCUACAGUAUUGCAUUCUAGCAUGAAACAUUUACAGAAAUUAACAAAUGACAUGUUACUUCAACAGCUGCACAAGUUGACUUCUUGUUGUUUUGAUCAACUUUCUAAAUCUAACACUGUAGCUGAUUCAAAUGAUGAAAUCAAACGUUAUCUACAAUCACAUGAUAGUAUAAUCGGUACAGAGGAUCCAUUACCUUUUUGGACACGACAUAAGAAUUCACAUCCAAUUCUCUAUUCAAUUGCUACUGAAAUUCUCAUUAUCCCUGAUAGUAAUACAGCAGUUGAACGUUUAUUUUCCGCUAGUGGAAAAAACAGUUAUACUAGUGUAAGAACUCGAUUAUCAACUCAAAAAGUAGAUAAACUUAUGUUUAAAAAAAAAUUACCAAGUUUGAAAAAGUUGUUUGGUACAAAUAACAAAUUAAAUAAUUUUAAUGAUAGCUUACAGUCAACAACUCAUCAAAGUAAAAAACGACCACAUGAUACCUUAUCAAGUAGCGAUAGUGAUAGUGACUGUAUUGUCGAUGAUAUUAAAGAAUAA